AUGAGCUGGCUGAGCGAUGAGACGGCGGCCUCGCGGUCUACCGGACCUGUCAGAAACCCCGCCGAGGCCGAGCUUCGUCUGCUUGACAUGGACGGCAGACUGCCUCAGACUAGGGGCUAUCGCAGUCAACGCCUCUCCAUCCCAGUCCCUGUGGCUGACGGCAAGCGUAAAGCUCCCAAUGGCCAGGUCAUAAGUGCCGUCUUCGACUUCACCACGUUCACGGACCAGCUCGAGUUCUACUACGCACCUGAUCGACAUGUUCAAGCAGGGCUCCUCAGGAUUCGCUAUGACAACUUCUACGUCGUCAAACUCUACACCAGAGAGAACAUUGAGAUCAUCGUCCACCGCCAGAUACUCAUCGCUGGCUCCCUCUACUUUGACUCUGCCCUGCGCGGCUUCUUCCGCGAGGCCGACACAGCCGAGAUCUCGCUCGAUGAUAUCUCCUUUGACGACCUCAUCGCGUAUCUGAAGCUUGCCCACCGAUACUUCUUCCUUCGAUUCUCCGAGGAAGGCAUGCCCUCUGGUAAUCUUUGGAAAGCCCAAGUUGAGAGGUAUGACCGGAAGAUCUUCAGGAGGACUUGCUUCAAGAUGCCCUUGAUGGAUCUUUGCUCCAUCCUACGCAUCUUCGUUCUUGCCGAUCGCUUCGCUUCGAGCAGCCUCGUAGUUUUCAUCCGCCAAAUCUUCCUGAAACUCCUGGCGGCCACAAGGGACUUUUGGUUCGACAACAAGCACGCCAACGCCGAUUACGAGCGCGAGGAACACCGCGCCUUCAUGAACAACUAUUUGGAUGCGUACCAGCUCCUCACCAAGUACACAUGCGCUGACGCCAAAGACUAUCUCAAAAAAUCCAUCAUGGAGUCCUGGGUCAAGUUCCUUGGUUACAACGAGGGACUCAAAUACGCCAUGAAGCGCAAGAUAGCGGCCAAUGGCGAUAGAUACAGCGCCUUUGAGGCCGCUUGGACAAAGUUCACAAUGCCAGGGGCAUUCAGACUCUUCGAGUCCGAUGACUACAUCGGCUACAAUGAGGACGAAUACUUGCGCAACAGGGCUUUUACCGCUGCAUGUCUUACGCAUUGCACAAUGGAGCACCGCAACGCUCUCUUCGCGCAACUCAAGCGCCGCGCUCUCAAGCACAGACGAAGAGCUAGCAUGGAGCAACGACCUUUUCCAGGUGAGAUUACUUGGACAUCGGUCGUUCGUCUGGCAGCCGGCGAGAAUAUCAGGGUUGUCAACGAGGAACCGCUCGUUGCCUCAGCUGCCGAUUCCGAUCUUUCACACGAGAUGGAGACCUUGACCAUGGAGGAUGAAGCCACGAGCGACAACGACUGCGAUCACACUGGUAGCAAUGAUACCUUCGACCUCCCCAACAUCGACAAUGUCAAAUUGACACUGAGUGAUUCCGAAGACUCGGACGAUUCGUACUCUACCCAGUCCGAUACCACCGAUGAUGGAGAGUGGGUGUCCUAUGUACCGCAGCCCUACAUGUCGCAUUCACGAAUCCUUGCGAGUGCGAUCGACAAGGCAGAGUUGAACAGAGCGAGUGCCCAGAGUGCUGGUCGCGGCGGCAAUUUGACGGGCGGCAAGCUCCCUCGCAACGACGUCUCCGGCGGUCACCACAAGGCCCGCAAAACCAGCAACGGGAAGGAGCUGGAGCUCAACCGCGACUCUCCACAUGCUCCAAUCAACGACCCUGAUUAUCUUUGCGACGAGGAAAAGCAGAGAAUCAAAGGCAAAGCCAAAGAGAUUUUCCAGCCGAUGGUUUCGGUUUGGGUACGCAAGAGCUUCAAGGGUCAGCAGAGGCUGGGCGGCGCGCAUGUGCGAACAGCCUCAGCGGUUCGACGCUAUGGGAGGAACGCUAAGAUUUUCGAGUUGCUGCACGAGUACCGCCAGUGA